AGGAACAUACAUCCAAGCAUCAAGGACAGCUCACCUUUAAAGACCAUCCUGCAGUUUCUCGGCCGUCUGAUUUAUUCUUGUUGAGCAAGGGAGAAAGAUCAUGGAUUGCUAUGGGAAGUAUGCAGCUGCCACUUUGACCAUUUUAUCUGUAUUUCUGCAUCUUCUUCAUGCUUUCCCAGAUGGAGAAUUUCUCAUGCAGGGUUGUCCAGAGUGCAAGCUAGGAGAGAACAGAUUCUUUUCCAAGCCAGGAGCACCCGUUUACCAGUGCACUGGGUGCUGUUUCUCCCGGGCCUAUCCCACUCCGAUGAGGUCCAAGAAGACCAUGCUUGUUCCAAAGAACAUUACAUCAGAAGCAACGUGCUGCGUAGCAAAGGCUUUUACCAAGAUUACCCUUAAGGACAAUGUGAAGAUAGAGAACCACACAGAUUGUCACUGCAGUACCUGCUACUAUCAUAAAUCCUAAACCCUGUCCCUUUGUUAAUGAUCAAGGACAACGGUGAAUGGAAUAUUUGUUUUUCAUUUUGUGUAGCACUGCUGUAUAAAAUCUUAUGUUUUCUGGUCAAGACACUGGGUAGACCUUUGAAUAAGAAGGAUGGCUGUUUUAUUUCCUCUUUACUUCUUCAUGCAUUUAAGUAAGUUUAAUUAUUUCCAUUAGGGAUAAAAUACAGCACUUGCAUGACAACCCAAGGCUUGAUCUAUUUUAAAAAUAAACUGUCAGUUAAAUCAUCAA